AUGGCAAACACAAACCGCGUUUUGGAGAGCAAGCUUGCUCUCGUCACUGGUGGCUCCAGGGGAAUUGGUGAAGCGAUCGCACGCAACCUAGCCGCAAAGGGUGCCUCACUCUUGCUAAACUUCACCUCCGAGUCCUCGCGUGCCGCCACAAAUGAGCUCUGCGCCUCACUGGCCGCGGCCCACGGCGUCCAAUGCGAAAGUGUCCAGGCCGAUCUAUCCAAGCCCGAAGAGGCCGUCAAAACCAUCAUUGCGGCCGCACAAGAAAAGUUCGGAUCCUCCAAAAAGCUUCAGAUUGACAUUCUCGUGAACAAUGCCGGUGUCUCAGCAGACCGCGACCUGAACGACGCAGUCAAGGGCCCCAUCGACGCUGACCUUUUCAACUGGCACUACACCAUCAACGUACUCGCUCCCCUCCUCCUCACCCAAGGAAUCACCGAGUACCUCCCCACAGACCGCAGUGGUCGCAUCGUCAACAUUUCUAGCGUGUCUUCCGCAAUGGGCUUCGUGGGCCAGUCAAUUUAUGGCGGCACCAAGUCAGCCCUCGAGGCUAUGACACGUACCUGGGCGCGCGAGUUGGCCGAUCGCGCCACUGUCAACGCGGUCAACCCCGGCCCGGUCAUUGGUGACAUGUACUUCAAGGCAGGCGAGGGCUUUUGGAACGAUAUUCAGGGCUUCCAGGAUAAUACCCCUGGUAGCAAGUUGGACGUUAAUGACCCGGAUACCAUGUCACGGAUUACAGAGGAACAGGCGGGUCUUAUCAAGGAGAAGAUGGGUGGGCGGAGACCGGCGUUCACGAGUGAGGUUGCAGGUGUCGUUGGAAUGUUGUGCACACCGGAUGGUCAAUGGACUACGGGUAGUGUGGUCUGUGCCAAUGGUGGAAUGAGGAUGACAGUUUAA